AUGGAACCGCUAAAGGUGAGGAUAACAGAGCUCGAGAGCAACGCCGAGAGCCUGGAGAAGGAGGGCAAGUACAUCGAGGCGCUGGACAUCUACGAGGAGAUCCUCACCCUGAAGCGCAACUCCUACGGCGAAAACCACGAGGACUACUACAAGACCAGCUACCGCCUCUGCGACAUCUGCAACCUCAUCGCCAUGAUCUUCCUGCAGAAGGACAAGCCCGACCUCUGCCUCUAGUUCCUGCGCAAGGCCGAGGCCCUCUCCAUGAACUCCAGCUCGCACAAGGCCGCCACCUACAACAACCUGUCCUGCUACUUCCGCAAGACCAACAAGCUCCGCACCUCCCUCAAGUGUCUCGAGGAUGCCCUCGCCAUCGAGCUCAAGCUGUCCUCGCCUAAGGGGCUUUCCGACACCCAUCUCAACCUCUGCGCCAUCCUUUCACAGCUGGGCCGACACAGCGAGGCCCUUGAGCAUGUGCUCCUCUCGGUCAUGUACCUGCAGGACGAGAUGUUCGGCAGCCCCGAAGUGCAGAUCUCAGUCGACCGGCUGUCAGUGCUCGCCAUCGCCUACCACAACCUGGGAGUGGAGUUCGAGUACCUCAAGCGCAAGGAGGAGGCCAUCCUCACAUACAAAAAGGCCGUCGACUUUGGAGAGAAGAAGCUAGGACCAGAAAACGCACUGGUCCAGAACUUGCGCAAGGUGCUAGCCGCCGCAGAAGAGUCCGUCAGCGCUUCAAAGAAGGAUAAGCGAAAGCCCGAGUCUCGGAGCAAGCUCGAGCGCAUCCGCAAGAACUACACGGAGAUGGGGCGCAGUCGCAAAAAACCUGGAGACACUCAUUGA